AUGUUCUCUCCAAAAUUAAAUCCUGGAUAUGCUAGGCAGUACAGGGAGCCGGUGAGCGAGGUGUGCCUGGGCUGCAUCUGCGAGGCGAGCUCCAACUGCGACCGGUCGCUGGGCUGCGAAGGAGGCCUCUGCGGCCUCUUCAAGAUGACACACGCCUACUGGGUCGACGCCAACAAGCCCACCAUCCCCCUCGACAACCCCAACGACGAAGGAGCUUACCAAAGGUGCUCGAUUGACCCAGUAUGUGCUGCUGAAACCGUCAAGAACUAUAUGGGCAGGUUCGCCCAGGUAAGAUGA